GAUUAACAUGGUGUCAGUAAAUGUGUCUUGUUUAGUCUCUGUCAUUUUACUUCAUGUCACUGUCACAGUGCAGUUGACUCCAGACACACAGCAAAAUGAAAUUCGACAAUGUACUCUCAGAGAUUAACGGAUUUGGAAAAUUCCAAAUGAAGCUAGUCUUGAUUCAGGUCUUCUCUCGAAUCACUCUGCCAUGUCACUUUCUGCUGAAUAACUUCAUGGCAGCUGUUCCCGCUCACCACUGCAACAUCAGUGCUCUGGAUGAUGGAGACAACUUCAGGAAUUUAACUCUGGAGAAGAAACUGGCUGUUGGUAUUCCAGCAGAGCAGGACGGGACUCUGAGCUCCUGUCAGAUGUUUUCGAAGCCUCAGUAUCAACAUCUGUCGGGUUCAAACAGUACUGAGGAUACGCUUGCUGUUCAGUGUCAGAAUGGAUGGGUGUAUGACAACAGCACCUUUAAAUCUACUUUGGCAACAGAGUGGGAUCUCGUGUGUAGCAGAAAAGGGAUGAACAAGGCAACAGCCACUAUCUUCUUCAUUGGUGUUAUGGUUGGAGCCCCUUUAUUUGGGUUUCUCAGUGACAGGUUUGGGCGACGGCCACUUCUGCUGGUAUCUUAUUUAUCAUCCAUGAUGUUUGCAGUGCUGAGUGCUUUCUCCACAUCGUACAUAAUGUUUGUGAUAAUGAGAUUUUUCACAGGGAUGUCACUCGCAGGAAUCAGCAUCAUCUCCAUUGUUCUAAAUGUUGAAUGGUUCAGUAUUCACCACAGGACCUUCUCUGGUAUAAUCAUAAGUCUGGAUUGGACACUUGGGAACUGGCUUCUGGUUGGAAUUGCAUACUGUAUAAAUGAGUGGAGGAUGCUCAUUCUGGCAGCGACCUCACCCCUGAUACCUGCCAUCAUUGCUUGGAGGUGGCUUCCAGAGUCUGCAAGGUGGCUCAUGGCAAAGGGGAGGAUAGAUGCUGCUCAUCAUUACAUCAUGAAAUGUGCCGAGAUGAACAACAGAUCCAAAUGUAUGGCCGCCAUCACACCAAUGACAUUACUGGAAUCUGCAGAAACUGAAACUGGAGAUAAGAAGUACACUAUUAUUGAUCUUUUCAGGACACCAAAUAUUAGGAAACUUGCUAUAUGCUCAGGGAUAGUAUGGUAUGGAGUUGCAUUUACAUAUUAUGGGAUAAGUCUAAAUAUCACUGGGUUUGGACUAAACCCAUACCUCACACAAUUUGUAUUUGCAUCCAUUGAAAUGCCGAUGAAGAUUGGUGUGUAUUUUAUCCUGGAGAAAGUUGGGAGAAGGCCUGGUGAGGCCGGGGCCUUGCUACUGACUGGGCUCUGUCUCCUCAUCAACAUGUUUGUUGCAAAAGAUAAGUGGGUCAUUCGUACUUCUGUGGCUGUUCUUGGAAAAGCCCUGUCAGAGGCCUCAUUCACAAUCAUAUACCUCUUCACAACUGAACUCUACCCCACGGUCGUACGACAGAACGGUUUAGGCUACACCUCAUUUAUAGCACGGCUGGGCGUGUCCAUAUCCCCUCUCAUCAUGCUAUUGGAGGACGUGUGGCAUCUCCUCCCUGCAGUCACUUACUGUGCAGUGGCAGUUGGAUCUGGUUUAGUGGCCUCACUCCUGCCUGAAACAUUAAACACCCAACUGCCAGAGUUCAUCCAGGAUAUUGAGAAACCGAGGGUACAAUCAACAAGGAGGAAGGAGAUUCAAUAAAAAAAAAAAAAUCACACAUUGAAAAUGAGAGUGAUACUUUAUACAAUUUAUUAAAAGCUGGUAAAUUCUAAUAAUUGAUGAUGAGUUGAUUUUGAAAUAAUAACAAUGACAUUGUGGAAAAAACAAUAAAUACUGUCAGUACUGUCAGAAUUCAACAUAUGCAGAGAUGUACUGUAUCAGUUAUGUACUGUACUUAAGAAAGUUGGAUGUAAUAAUAGGAGAGGACUGAAGAGGAAAUCCAAGAAAAAUGGAACUGUAAAUUUACUUGCUAUUGGAAAUAAACUAAAUGAGACCAUGACUAUUAGUUUCAUUGGAAGUAGACAUUUACCAGAGAAAAGUUAGUUAAAUCUUAUGUUCUGCUGUCAUGGUUCAAGGUAUAGAUAGUGGAUAGUUGGUGUUGGUGUCUGCCGGCUCUGUUCACUCCCCUGCUAUCACAAACCAGAUCCCACUGUGGAGGG